AUGCUCCUCCACCAAACCAUCACCCUCACCCUCAAAAACCUCCGUCUCCUCCUGAUCCGCCACCCCCUGGCCACCACCCUGCGCGCCCUCAUCCUCCCCAUCAUCAUAACCGCCUUCCUCUCCUUCGCCCGCAACCUCUUCGUCCCCGCCGCCCGUUUCGGCAUCACCUCCCCCGCGCACCCCGUGCGAUCUCUCGCUGAUGCGUUGAGUAUUGCUGGGCCGGGUAGUGGGAGGGAGAAUGUGGUUUUUGUGGAUGGGGGGAUGAAGGGGGGCGAGGUGGAGAAGGUGAUUGGGGAGUUGGUACGGCAGGUGGAGGGCGUGGAGGGGGUGAAGGCGUGGAGGGUGGAUUCGGAGGAGGAGGUGGCGGGGGUUUGUAGGGCCAGUUUGAGGGGGGUUACGGGGUGUUUUGGGGCGGUGGUUUUUCAUGGGUCGCCUGAUGAGGGAUCACAGGGGGGAGUGUGGAAUUAUACGUUGAAGAUGGAUGCGUCGUUGGGGGUGGGAAAGAUUGAUGUGGAGAGUGAUCGGAAUGAUGCGCAGGUUUAUUUGUUGCCUUUGCAGCGGGCUGUGGAUCGGGCGAUAUCAAGGUAUUCUGCUUCUGCGGGAGAGGGAAAUGGUGGGAGUGGAAGUGGGAUGACGCCGCUGGGGGAUGAUGAAGAGGAGUACCCGUUCACAUCGCUGACGGUGGAGGAACGGGCGGACCGGGUGCGGGUGAUAUACCAGAGCAUGGUGAUGAACUUUCUCGGCGUCACCUUCGUGGUGGCCGUCGUGGGCAUCGCCUACCACCUAGCCGGGUUCAUGGCCACGGAGCGCGAGUCCGGCAUGGCCACGCUGAUCGAGGCCAUGACAGCCCCCGCGCAGGGAAUUGGCGCGUGGAAACCCCAGGCCGCUCGACUGCUGGCCUACCACCUGUCCUUCUCCGCCGUGUACCUCCCCGGGUGGGUGGUAUCGGCGCUGAUCCUGUGGUCGGGGGUAUUCGCGCACACGAACGCGGCGGUGCUGGUGUUGUAUUUUGUGUUGUCUGGCCUGGCGAUGGGGUCGAUGGCGAUGCUGGGGGCGUCGUUUUUCCGCAAGUCGCAGUUGAGUGGUGUGUUGGUGACGAUUGUGUGUCUGCUGCUGGCGAUUAUUGCGCAGACCAUCAGCUGGCCGAAGACGGGGGCCGUGGUGGCGCUGAGUUUGUUGUUUGCGCCGUGCAACUUUACGUAUUUUAUCUCGUUGCUGGCGCGCUGGGAGCAGCAGCAGUGGCCGGCGGACUUGGCGGUGUCGCCGCCGAAUAGUCCUUGGUCGUUACCGGGGGUGGUGUUUUUUGUGUUUUUGGGGGCGCAGGUGGUGGUGUACCCGGUGUUGGCGGCGUUUGUUGAGCGGUGGUUGCAUGGGAGUGCGUCGGGACGAACUGUCAUGGAGCAGGCGCACGAACAUGAACCUGAGCAGGGGGAAGGCGAUUAUGCGGUCAAACUGGACGAGUUCACCAAGAUCUACCCACCCAGUCUAGGCCAGCGGCUGCUAUCCCGUCUCUUCUCUCUCUUCUCCCGGUCCUCCUCAUACCAACCCACACCACCUGUGGUAGCCGUCGACAAACUCACCCUGCAAGCCCCCCGCGGCCAGAUCGUCGCCCUCCUCGGCGCCAACGGCAGCGGCAAGAGCACAACCCUCGACACCAUCGCCGGCAUCAACCGAGCCACCAGCGGCCGCAUCACCGUCAACAGCACGGGCGGCCUAGGCAUCGCCCCGCAGAAAAACGUCCUCUGGGACGAACUCACAGUCACCGAACACCUGCGCAUCUUCACUCAGCUCAAAACCCCGCCCCAAGCCCGCAAGAGCAAGGCCACCACAGAACAAGACAUCCUCUCCCUCGUCGAAGCCAUCGACCUCACCCCGAAAGCCCACGCCCUCAGCAAGACCCUCUCAGGCGGGCAAAAGCGCAAACUCCAGCUCGGCAUGAUGCUCGCGGGCGGAAGCGCAGUCUGCUGCGUGGAUGAAGUCUCGAGUGGGCUGGACCCGCUGAGCAGGCGCAAGAUCUGGGAUAUUUUGUUGGCGGAACGGGGCAAGCGCACGAUGGUGCUGACGACGCAUUUUUUGGAUGAGGCGGAUUUAUUGGCGGAUUCGAUUGCGGUGUUGUCGAGGGGGAGGUUGAGAGCUGUGGGGACGUCGGCGGAGUUGAAGGGGAGGUUUGGUGGGGGGUAUCGGAUUUGGGUGAACCGUCUUGAUCAUGACAACAACAACAAUAUCGACCGAGAUUCGGGUGAGAUUCCGGAGAUUCAAGACGAGAUACCCAAGGGUGUUCGGACGAGAAUGGAGGGUGAAGAGACGGUGUAUGUGGCCGACUCGUCGGAUCAGGCGGCUGGUGUGAUUCGCGCGUUAGAGACUGCUGGGAUUGCGGAUUAUCGCGUGUCUGGCCCGACGAUGGAGGAUGUGUUUCUGCAGUUGGCUGAGGAGGCCCGGGUUGAGAUGGAUAAGGAAACGGCGUCAGAGAAAGAAACCGAGUCGGAAAGAGAAAAGGGGGACACCGAAAAAGACAAAGGAGUCGAGCUCACCUCUGGCCGACCCCUUGGCUUCUGGCGCCAGGUGUGGGUGCUCUUCAACAAACGCUGUGUCGUGUUCCGCCGCCAGUCCUUCCCCUCGCUCGCGGCCUUUGUCAUCCCCAUCGUGGCCGCCGGCCUGGUGAUGCUGUUUGUGCGCAACCAGCCCGCCCUGGGGUGUGCCCCGUCCGAGCAGUCCUCGCAGCGCCCGGCUGUCAGUCUGAGCAACCUGUUUGACAACGACUUUGAGCUGUUCCUCGUUGGGGGGCCGCCGGAUAAGUUCUCCGAGGAGAAUUUACUCCGAUUGUUUGGCCCACUGUACUCGGGCGCUUCCAACAAACUCUCGGCUCGCGCUACUACCCCGACAGACCUCUUCAAGAAUCUUACGCUGGUGGAUAGUCUGUCCGACUUCCACGAUGCCGUCGUCCACUACCGCAAAAACAUCACCCCCGCGGCCCUCUGGCUCGGCGACGCCCACUCCCCGCCGACCCUCGCCUACCAGUCCGGCACCGGCGCCGAGAUGCUCAACGCCUGGUUCGGCCAGUGGGCUCUCGACAUGCUGCGCACCAACGCCUCCAUCGCCGCGUCUUAUGCCGUCUUCGACACCCCCUGGGCCCCGGACGCCGGCAAAUCCCUGCAGCUGCUGGUGUACAUCUCGCUGGCUCUCAGCGCGGCCACGGCCUUCUUCUCGCUGUACCCGACCCGUGAGCGGCACACCCGGGUGCGUGCGCUGCAGUAUUCCAACGGGGCCAGGCCGUUUCCGCUGUGGCUGGCUUACACGGGGUUUGACUUUUUUGUCGUCGUCCUGCCAUCGGCAGUCGUCGCUAUCGCCCUGCUCGCCGGCCUGGCACCGGGCCUGUGGUACCACGUCGGCUACGUCUUCCUCAUCUGGAUCCUCUUCGGUCUCGCCUCAGUUCUACUGGCGUACAACGUCUCCCUCGUCGCUCCCAACCAGCUCUCGGCCUACGCCAUCACCGCCGCGGGCCAGGUCAUCGCCAUGCUGCUGUACCUGAUCGCCUACCUGUGUGUCAUCCUGUACGCCCCCGUCCACCGCAUCGACAGUUUGCUGGUCGUCGUGCACUUUGUCGUGUCCGUGAUAGCGCCUAUCACGUCGGUUGUGCGUGCGCUGUUUGUCGCGCUGAAUCUGUUUUCGACGGCUUGCGACGACCGUGUGCUGUCGGCCAACCCGGGGGGGAUGUUGUUGUACGGCGGACCGGUGGUGUAUCUCAUUGUGCAGACUCUACUGCUUUUUGUCUUGCUAGUCUGGGCUGAAGGCGGGUUCCGUCUCCAGCGGUCGUCUCGUCAUUCCCCGGAACAAGACGAAGAAGACGCCACAGCUCCUACGAGUCCGGACGACAACGACGGCCUCCGCGUCGUAAACCUAACCAAAACCUUUGGCUCCCACACCGCCGUCGACCACGUCUCUUUCACCGUCCCCCGCGGCCAGGUUUUCGCCCUCCUCGGCCCCAACGGCGCAGGCAAAUCCACCACCAUCUCCAUGAUCCGCGGCGACCUCUCCCCGUCCAAGUCCCAGUCUUCGGGCACACAUAAUCACAAAAAACAAAAAGGCGACAUAUACAUAAACACCCACUCCAUCACCCACUCCCCCCCCCUCGCCCGCUCCCACCUAGGCGUCUGCCCCCAAUUCGACGCCCUCGACCCCCUGUCCGUAACCGAACACCUGCACUUCUACGCCCACAUCCGCGGUCUCCCCCCUGCUUCCGUCCCUGCCAACAUCGUCUCUGUCCUCCGCGCUGUCGGACUGACUCCCUUCCGCGAGCGGUUGGCACAUACCCUGUCGGGGGGGAAUAAGAGGAAGUUAUCGCUGGCGAUUGCGUUGUUGGGAAACCCGGCGGUGCUGGUGUUGGAUGAGCCUAGUUCGGGGUUGGAUGCUGCGGCGAAGAGGGUUAUGUGGAGGACUUUGAGGGGGCAGGUGAAUGGUGAGGGGGUUGGUGAAGGGGCUGGGGGGAGGGGGAGGAGUGUGUUGUUGACUACGCAUAGUAUGGAGGAGGCGGAUGCUUUGGCUGGGAAGGGGAAGGUGGGGAUUUUGGCCGGGAGGAUGUUGGCUGUUGGGGGGGUGGAGGAGUUACGGUCGCGGUAUGGGGGAGGGGAGAGGGUGUAUGUACACCUGGUGUGUAAGGGAGCGCCGCGGACGAGUGAGGAAGAGGUGGCGAGGGUGAAAGAGUGGGUGUUGGCGGUGUGGCCGGGGGCAGAGGUCGAGGAGAAGACGUAUCAUGGGCAGAUGCGGUUUUGGGUGGAUGCCGGCCCGGGUCCUGCUACUGGUACUGGUACUGGUACUGAUACUGGGUCCGACACAGAAACAGACACGAUGGCACCCUCAGCUGCAGAGGAGAUACAAGGGGGGCCAAAGACGACAAAAACAAGCAUAGGCCCCAUCGUCCUCCUACUCGAAGCAAACAAACACCGUCUCGGUAUCGAACACUACAGUGUCAGUCCGGCUACGCUGGACCAGGUGUUUUUGACGGUCGUCGGGGAACAUAAUGUGCGUGAGGAGGGGUAUCAGGAGGUGAAGAAGAGGGGGUGGUGGAGGUGGAGGAGAUAG